CGUAACAUCACGGCUUUGAUGAAGGCGAAGUCGCCGAAACGUCAGCCAUCGACCAACGAUAUCAAAAACAACGACAACGACAACGAAGACCUGUACAGACCUCGCCUGAUUCGGUGUUUCUUGUACAUCUUAGUGUUACUCCCUAGCACUUGUCUAAACGGUGGGCGGUGCAUUGAUGGUACUGGCGGCUACGUUUGCGAAUGCCCCCGUGGUUAUAAGGGACUACGUUGUCAAGAUGUUAAAGACACUAUUCGUGAAGAAACAAACAGCACCCUCUCAUCCCUCCGGGGUCGGGAAAUUGGUGCAGGAUUUGUGUGGGGAAAAAUUACUCUCAUCAGUCCGAUUGGGAACACUCCAGCCUAG